UAAUUAAUUAAUUUUGAGAGGAAUUUUGUAAAAGGAGAGAUUUAUGGGAGUAGUGUUUUAAAUUUUUCUUUCUCCUCGUUUGACCUUCUUCCUCCCUUUCUUUCUUCCUCGCCUCUUCUUCUGAGUUCUGAUCAGUCUCGGCUGGCUCUUGAGGUCUUCCCAUCUCCCUCCGCUCGAACCUGCGCCUGCGUCGGCUCUCCAACCCCCCAUCGUCUCCCUUCUCCGGAAAAGGGAAACACAGAGAUGAAGGCCGGCAACCCUAGCAAAAAUGUAGAAAAUUCAGAGAAGUUCACAGAUGGCGACGACGAACGCGAAGAGCAAUCAGAUGUUGCCGCCGGAUCUGAAACUGACGCAAAUGCCCGGUUCUCCACUCGCAACGCUUCCUCCAAGUACGAUUUCGUCAAGGUGAAAGUAUGGCUGGGUGAAAAUGCCAAUCAUUACUAUGUUCUAUCGAGGUUUUUGCUCAGUAGAACCUUAACUGUCACUAAGAUUCCAAAUCACGUGGCAAUUAAAAUUGCGCUUGAACUUAAAAAGCUUCUUGUGGAUAACAGCCUUCUUGAUGUAUCACAGUCAGAUUUGGAGGCCAAUCUGUUCAAGCUUAUGGAGCGUCGGGGUUAUGGGGAAGAGUAUAUAAGCCGUUACAAGAUGAUGACAAGAUUUCACCAUCAAAGAGUGCCUCUUGUUAUUCUGGUAUGUGGUACUGCUUGUGUUGGAAAGUCCACCAUUUCAUCACAGCUUGCACAAAGGCUUAACUUACCAAAUGUCUUGAAGACUGAAAUGGUGUAUGAAUUACUGCGGACAUCAACAGAAGCACCCUUGUCAUCGACUCCUGUAUGGGCACGUGAUUUCAACACCUCUGACGAACUAAUUACUGAAUUUUGCAGAGAAUGCAGAGUAGUUAGGAAAGGUCUCGCUGGUGAUUUAAACAAAGCAAUGAAAGAUGGAAAACCAAUAAUAAUUGAGGGAAUGCAUUUAGAUCCCAGUAUAUACUUGAUGGAUGAAGAAAACAAAUCACCAUCAGCUACACCAUUGAAUGACGGCGGAUCAAAGUCUGAGAAAAUGGUUGACAAAAUUGAAAUUCAAAACCAUAGUAAUUCCUCUUCUGGAAAUGAUAGUUGUAGCAAUGAUAGAGAUUAUGACUCUGAAAAUGUGAAAGUAGAAAACAAUGUUGUUGAUGAAUUGAAUAUGGCCACGGGUGCUUUGGAAUCCUUAUCUCUUGAAACAGUGAAGGAUUCAACAGGUGAUGAAAAGCCUUCUCUUCGAAAAGCGAAAUCUGGUGCUGAGCCGAUUAUUGUUCAUGUAGUCCUUAAGAUGGCUGAAUUUGAUCAUGGGGCAUUACUCGAGGAGUGGAUAUCAACACGAACUAGUAGAGAAAAAUAUCCGGUCCAGGACAAAGAUAAGCUAAGGAGCAACUUAAAAAUCAUUCAAGACUACCUUUGUUCGUUUGAGUCACAGGGUUUAACUGUUGUUAACAUAUCAGCUGCUGCUUUCCCUCAAGCUAUAGAUUGGCUGCAUAAUUAUCUUCUGCAGCGCAUAGAACAAGGGAUAUCACCAUUUUCGGACGGAAAGAGCGUUCGACCUGCUUUGGACUGCACCCCUGAGCACUGAAUGGUACUCCAUCUGUCUCGAAAUCAAAUUUCUGAUUACUUUUUCACGGAGUUUAAGAAAAAGUAAAAUUAUAUGGUUGAGAUUUAUGCAAAAAUGGGAAAAAUUAUAUGGACGCAACUUUUUCCUUGAAAUGAAUCAGAACCCCACUUUUAGGACAAAGGGAGUGUUGUUUGUCCUAAACGUGAAAGGGUAUAACCACAUCUACAAUUUUUUUAAGGUCUACAAUAUGUAAUUGUAUUACAUAUUGCAAAAUGUAAAAUAUAAUUGUAGGGUUUACCUGUAGCGAAUCAUGUGAUUCGCUACAAUGUACUCUCUCCGUCAGUCUAGAUACUUUUGUCGUCAAUAAAAAAACUGUAUUACAUGUAACUGUAAAAUAAUUUAUUUGUAUACGGAGGAUACCUUGUAAUAUAUUGUUACAGAGUUA